CUGGCACCAUCGUCGUCAUACCCCUCCUUCUGCUGCGCAAACGCCAGGUCCUUUUUUUUCUACCCAAGCCGACGUAACCCCACCUUGGAGUGACUGAACAGCCCUGGCCGAGUCUUUUGCUCGGCACCUGGAAGCAAGGCAGCCAGCCAACAUAAGGUGGGCAGUCAGACCAGGACGCCGUUGUUCUUCCUGAAGUGACAUUCUUCUUGCAGUAACCUUCUUGUGAUACCCAGCCCGUCCCGCGUCCUCAUUGAUUCCCGCCUUACAAGAUUCGUCAGGCUACCUUACAAACUACAACUUGAGCACAUCCAUCGCACAUAUCGCGCCAGCCCGUGUAUCUCUACUACAAUAGCACCUACGAACGAAGCCCCGUUUUACGAGGAGAGGGCAGGUCAUUCUAUCGAAGCAACCAUCUGCAAAAGCACCCAUCACCUAUAGCAAACACCAUGACCCGAUACAAAAGCACCCCUCUCUACGGCGGCGCUCUGGUCAGCGACUUGCCCGACAAGUUCGCCGACGUCAGCAAACUCCGCGAGGUACCCGACAACCAAGAAGUCUGGAUCGACUCGGACGGUUUCACGAGCAUCAUCUUCGACAUCACGGAGCGCGUCGGCCCCGCGGGCUCGAGCCCCGAGAUCGACGGCCGGGCCCUGACGACGCACCUCGAGGAGCUCGUCGGCGAGGACGUCGACACCGUCAAGGUCUGGAACACGACCGAGACCUCCUUUUCGCGCCUCAGCUCCGACAUUCCCGCCUACACCCUCAUCGCGACGCAGACACCGCACGCGAGCAAGUCGUCCCGUUCGUCGUCCUCGUCGGCCCCCGAUUUCACGGCCAUCAUUCUUACCCUCGUACGCCUUGAGAAGGAGUCGACGGAUAUCUUGGUCACGAUUAACGUGCCGCAUAUCAAGGGCGAGUACGACGAGGCCGAUGUCGAUUUGGAGCUCGGUAAGCAAGGAAAGCUGAUUGGCGACGCUGUUGAGUAUGCUGCGCGUAUUUGGGAGACGUUCAAGGUGAAGGACUGGUCUUUGUUCCAGGAGGUUUGAGAGAGGCAGAAAGAAACAAGGAGUGAAAAGGGAUUCGAUGAGAUAAAAUGGAAGACGGAAUAUGGAUAUCCCCAAAGUUAGAGACGGAUCGAAGAUGUGAUUGAUGAGGAGAUGCACACCGCAUGCAAAGCAGUUGACAGAUCUAGGUGGUUUCCUUCCACCGCCGAGUUACGUGAAUACGGCGGGAAGGACAGGCGGCGAAGUUUGACGAUGAGACGAAAUGAUAGCCACACCAUCUCUUGGGUUCUUUAGGUUUCACCAGUUGAGUUGUUCCAUGCUGAGUAUUAUGAUAUCAAGAAAACAAAGUCAGACUUGUGAAUGUAUAUAUCCAAGAACUCUCUCUAUAUCGUGAUCUUUUGGGUUACUGCCUCUGUGGAUGUAAAGAAUUAUUAGAUAAUGAGAG